UCUGCUGAACUGGAGCCCUUUGUAGGCCUACUUUACAAGUAUUGUUGUAAUUGUAAGCGUCAAAAGGAUUUAAAUCUGUAUUGUUGGUAGUUACAUGUAUCACACGCAGUGGCAAUAGUACCGUACAUGUAGAUGAACAUAGCGACAGCAUAUUGGGACACUCGCACGCUUUGAGCUGCGUGUAUUGUUAAAGGACUUGAUUUUUAAGCGGACACACAUUGCAGUUCUUCAACUGUUGAAGUAGGUUCCUGUAGGAUUGGAGGAAACUGGAUUUUUUCUUCGCUGAACGCAUACCGGUAUGCGGAUACAGGAUUUUCCUUAGGAGGGUGGAUAGGAUAAACGCUUGCAUGAUUAAUUACGUUAAUAUUUUCUGAUCACUUAACAGGAAAACACGCAGUUGGUCCAAGGAAUGAUAUUUGCGUCUCGGACACUGCACUUUACUUAUUCAAGCCAGACAUUACAGGGUUUCAUUUUCUGUUGUGCUUUUUGGUCGAGUUUGAAGAUGUCCGAUGAGCACCAGAUUUGCCUCAGUAAUGGAACACAACACUACCUAAACACCGAGAAAGAGAAUAAUUCCGUUUACGUUGAAAUACCUUUGUCCUCCGCAGUCAACAAGGCGGCCACACCAGAAUUCUCCGUUCAGACAGGAGCAUCGCGAAGACGAAGAAAUCUUGAGAAGGAUAUAAAUCUUGUUACAGCAGGGCUAGGCAGUAGAAACUACGCCACAUCUUCCCAAGGUCAAAGUGGGUUUCAAGAGGGCGUCUACGCUACCGCCCCGGGAAACUGCUUAUACCCCGGCCUUACGGUACCAGUAGAAAGCGCCUUGAUGACAUCCCAGCUUGCAGGAGGGGAAACUCUGGACGACAGUCUGCUGUCCCCACAUCUGCCCAACGGAUUUGAGAACUCUGAAAAUAGUGCAGGGUUUUCUGAACUGUCACUAGCCUCCACAGAAAAUUCUGUGGACUGUUGCGACCUUAACUGUUCCAGAAAACUGAAAGAGCUUAAGCAACGGACCCAAAAGUUAGAACACCUUGUGUCUUCCUAUCGGCGCCUGUAUUCUACAACAGAAGACGAAAAGCUGCAAGAAAUAUCCCGACUCCAGAAACUCUUAAAAGAAAAAAGUAAAUCGGUGCACAUAUCAUCUGAAGAAGUCGAACGCUUGAGGACUAGUCUGUCGGAGACAAUUCAGCAGUGCCAGUCAUUGCAAUGUAAAAUCAACAGUUCAGAAAUCUGUCCCGAAGCCACCGCUGAAGUUAUUCGACUACGACAGAAAUUGAAUGACGCAGUGGAAGCUAACAAGAGAUGGCAAAUUUAUAAUUCCCAGCGGGAACAGUUUGUAAACCAAACAAUUCAGAACGUGUCAAUUCUAGAGUCUGAAUUACAGCGACUUCGCACCCGCCCCGCUUUGAGCGAAGAGCAGCAGCGAGAGUUUGAUCAGGUUUUACUGAACUCCAAGCGCAAGGUGGAAGAGGCGCAGGCGUCAAAGGAAAAGCUGGAAGACGAAAUGUUAAUCAUGAGAAAAAGACUUCAACAAAAGAACGAAGAAGUCCAGCGUCUCUCCGAACAACUCCGUGAAAGGGUUUCGCUGACCCAUAGACGGCCACCUCAUCCUGGUCAUCCCGGUCACUCCGAGGAGAGUGACCAAUUAGCGGUAUUGAAAAUGCAAGUCCGGGCCUGCACAGAGGACUUCGAGGCAGAGAGAGCCGACAGAGAGGCUGCCCAGGCAAAAGUUGUCGAAUUGCAGAAACAAUUGCAAUAUUGUCGAUCAAGGCGAGUGGGUCUCACCGCCAGAGGUCCUGCUGCCAGUCCAUUGACUGAAAACGUUGAAACUGAUAGCCUCACUGGGGUGAACAUUGACGAAUUGAACUUGCAAAACAAUACCAACGGAAACUCUUUCAACAGUGGUGGUGACGUCACCGUUGUUAUGGAAGGAAAUAACCCCCAAAUGAACCUCUCCCAGCAUAAUGGCGUUCCGGAAUCGUUUGUGGACAAUGAACCCAGACAGAACGGUGGAUUACUUCGAUGUCCAAAGUGUUGGAAGCAAUACAGCCAAACGCGCAGCGCUGAACUAUUAGAGCACAUCGAAGUAUGUACAGUGUAAUAACGAAUAAAUGACGCCAGAGAGACUAUACCACGUGAUGUCUCACGUCACAAUUUUAAGAGACUAUUUCAUAUCAGUU